UAUCCGAGCCUAGAUUUUCUUGCUUUGACUGGUCUGUUGCAGCUUGCUUGUGCUACACAAAAGACAAGCAACCAGGAAAUGCACAAGCCAAUCAUCAGCUGCCUUACAUUUGGCCUGCACGUGGGGCCAGUCUCAGCCUGGCUUUUAUCAGAACAGUGGAGUCAGACAGCUUGGAGAGUCGUGGCUGUGCUCUGAGCAGGGUGAGGGCUGAAAGGGCUGUCCUCCAUGUUUUAAUAAGCAUUGACAUAUCACACAGAGUUUUUAACCAUGCAUCCACAGAGCUGAGAAGAAAGCAGUGUUUUACAGCUUUGCCUGGCCUGUGUUGUCAAGAUGGCAGGCCCUGUGAGGGAACCAGGCAGGAUGGGAGAAACAGGGAGCAGUGCGGAGAGGAGUCCCUAGAGGAAUUAACAGAUGCCUAUCUGUAUGUAAGAGAGAGGGAAAGGAGAAAGGAAGGACUUCCUCUGAAAAGGCUUUGCACAUCAACCAGUGUUUCUGAGGAAGAGGGAAAAGCACAGAAACAGGCUGUAACAGAAGAAAUGGAGAUCUCAACAAGAUCUAAAGACACGGGAUCAACAGAGCGGAUGGCCCAAAAACGAAAAAUGCCCAGUCCUUCUCACUCAUCCAAUGGCCACUCCUCUGCUGAAAUCUCACCUUCCCCAGUUAAAAAGAAGAAAAAGCCAGGUGCAGUUAGCAGCAGCAAAGACCAGUCAGAACUAAGACAUGGUCCCUUUUACUAUGUGAAGCAGCCAGCACUCACCACAGACCCUGUUGAUGUUGUACCGCAGGACGGCAGGAACGACUUUUACUGCUGGCUGUGCCACCGCGAGGGUCAGGUGCUCUGCUGUGAGCUCUGCCCCAGGGUGUACCACGCCAAGUGUCUCAAACUGCCGGCCGAGCCCGAGGGUGACUGGUUCUGUCCAGAAUGUGAGAAAAUAACCGUUGCAGAGUGCAUAGAGACACAGAGCAAAGCCAUGAUGAUGCUAACUAUAGACCAGCUUUCUUACCUACUAAAGUUUGCCUUGCAGAAGAUGAAACAACCAGGUGAUCAUCCCCGCUUGUCAUCUCGCCCCCCCCAUGCAGCUUCCACGCAGAGAAAGACUUUUAAUUGGACCGAACCCUUCCAGAAACCAGUGUCUCUUGAGCAGCAUCCUGAUUAUGCAGAGUACAUUUUUCAUCCCAUGGAUCUCUGCACACUUGAGAAGAACAUCAAAAAGAAAAUGUACGGCUGCACAGAGGCCUUUCUGGCUGAUGUUAAAUGGAUUUUGCACAACUGUAUUAUAUACAAUGGAGGCAAUCACAAACUCACGGCUACAGCUAAAGUGAUUGUAAAAAUCUGUGAACAUGAGAUGAAUGAGAUUGAAGUUUGUCCUGAGUGUUAUUUGUCUGCUUGCCAAAAGAGAGACAACUGGUUCUGUGAGCCUUGUAGCAACCCCCACCCUCUAGUGUGGGCCAAGCUGAAAGGAUUUCCAUUCUGGCCAGCUAAAGCUCUACGGGACAAAGACGGACAGGUGGACGCUCGCUUCUUUGGUCAGCACGACAGGGCUUGGGUUCCUUUAAACAACUGCUACCUCAUGUCCAAAGAGAUCCCUUUCUCUGUGAAGAAGACCAAAAGCAUCUUCAACAGCGCCAUGCAAGAGAUGGAGGUCUAUGUGGAGAACAUGAAAAAGAAGAUCGGAGUGUUUAAUUAUGCCCCCUUCAGGACACCCUACACUCCAGACAAUAACUUCCAGAUGCUUCUUGAUCCAUCUGACUCCACAUCCACUCCCAUCAAACCUGAGAAACAGGAGAAGAUCAAGUUGAGCUUUGAUAUGACUGCAUCGCCAAAGAUCUCCUUGACCAGGACCAUGCUGUCUGGAGCCGGGGUGGCAGCAGGGCGCCGGCCUGCUCUCGGUGACAUGCCUCGCUCCCCCAUGAGCACCAACUCCUCAGUCCACACAGGUUCUGAUGGGGAACAGGAACCAGCAGAAAAGUCCCAGGCAAAAGCAGCAAACAGCCAGUACAGCACAGGAGAGGAGUCCAUGGACUGUACAGCAGGCACUUCCCUGGACAGCCCCAAACCACAGCAAUGUCAAGCUCUGGGCAUCACCAAGCAGGAGAGAGCACCACAGACAGGAGGCAUUCUCAAUCUUAAUCUAGAUCGAAGUAAAGCAGAAAUGGACCUGAAGGAGCUGAGUGAGUCGGUUCAGCAGAAACAAGGAGCUGCACAUGUCCUCACCUCCCCAAAAAGACAGAUUAAGAGUCGAUUCCAGCUGAACUUGGACAAAACUAUUGAGAGUUGCAAGGCACAGCUGGGUAUUAAUGAGAUCUCUGUAGAUGUCUACAAAGGUGUGGAACACAGCGACUCAGAGGACUCAGACAAAUCUGACUCCAGUGAGAGUGAAUAUGCCAGUGAUGAGGAGCAAAAGACCAAGGAUGGCCAAGACACAGCGCCAGAUACAGAGCUCCAGAAGGAGCCAAGCAAAACUGAAGCGAAAGAACAAACUUCCUCAAGCCAAGAGGAGGAUGAUAAAGCUGAUCUGCCUGUGUCAAAAGACUCCGCAGCAGACGAUUCCAACACAACACCGCCUGAUGCUCCAACUAAGGAGAAAAUAAGCACUGAUUUGGAAAAGGAGACCCCAGAGGAGACCAAACCGCCACCAGAAUCACCAAUUCCCAGAGAAAAGCCUCAGGUGAAGCAAGAGACAAAGCAGACUGCACCCGUAGAGGACUCUGACUCGGAGAGGGAACUGGUUAUUGAUCUUGGAGAGGAACAGGGUGGCAAAGAGAGGAAGAGGAGCAGAAAAGACAGUAACACUGUUAAAGAGUCAACUGAUGGUAAAUCUGAAGGUAAAGCUCCGACUAUGUCAACAUUAACGCCAACAAACAGCACAGCGCCCUCUGGUGUCUCCACACAGUCCCCUAUAUCCGUUCCCGUCACCGUGGUCUCCUUUACUGCUCCCUCUCCUGCAACAAUCAGCCUCGCGACCAUGUCCAGUGCCACCAUAACGCCACCGUCUUCCUCCUCAGCCUCUGCAACACCGGCUUUAAAGAAACAGCGCCCUCUGCUGCCCAGAGAAGCCAUGCCGGUGGUUCAGAGGGCUGUUGUGUGGAAUCCCACGGCCAAGUUUCAGACCUCCUCUCAAAAGUGGCACAUGCAGAAGGUGCAGCGGCAGCAGCAGACGCAGCAACCUGUGGCAGCCAAUCACACGCAGGCAUCGUCUCCCAAGCAAGGCCAGACUCAAGCAGCUGGAAAUGGCUCCUCUUCAGCACAGCAGUCUUCACAAAGCACACGCUAUCAGACCAGACAGGCUGUUAAGGCUGUGCAACAAAAAGACACUCCACUCAGCACAUCCAUGUCGGCUGUCACUCUGGUAUCCAGCAGUCCAGCUUCUGUUGCCGUGAUGGCAGCAUCUGGUCUGGGCACAGCUGCAACAGCAUCGCCAGUAGCAACAGAUCUGUAUAUCCCCACGGGCUCAGCAGAUGUGGCUGCAGACAUUGCCAAGUACACAAAUAAAAUAAUGGAUGCAAUCAAAGGUACAAUGAAUGAAAUCUACAAUGACCUCUCUAAGAGUACUUCAGGGAAUACAAUUGCUGAGAUUAAACGAUUGAGAAUUGAAAUAGAAAAGUUACAGUGGUUGCAUCAACAGGAGUUGGCAGAAAUGAAACACAAUCUUGAGCUGACGAUGGCCGAGAUGAGGCAGAGUCUGGAGCAGGAGAGGGAGAGGCUGGUGAAUGAGAUGAAGAAACAAAUGGAGCUGGAGAAGCAGCAGGCUGUGGAUGAGACCAAGAAGAAGCAGUGGUGUGCUAACUGCAGGAAAGAGGCCAUCUUUUACUGCUGCUGGAACACCAGCUACUGCGAUUACCCCUGCCAGCAGGCCCACUGGCCAGAACACAUGAAGUCCUGCACUCAGUCAGCCACAGCCCCACAACAAGAACCUGAGUCUGAACCAACAGCAGACCUCCCAAACAAAGGUUCAGGGCAGAUAAACAGUGGCCCAAACUCAGUCAGAGACACGCCAGCCUCUGCACCACCAGACAAAGACUGCGACAUAGAAAAGAGCACCGACAGUGUUGCUGUAACUUUGACAUAAUCCAGUCGAUUGCACUUGAAAAUGUAAAUGUAGAUUGUAUGUAUAUUUUUUUUAAUGAUGACAUAUUUAUGUUCAUUGUUUUGUUAAAGAACCUGUUCCAAAUGAACAAGUCAGAUUAUUUUUACUUCAUUUUCCAUUUGCCAUUCAGGGCUCACAUGCUGCAUGGUGGUGUAAUUGAGAGGGCUGAUUUGAUAAAGCGGUAGCUGCAUUUAUAUUCACUACUUUGCUGGUCAGUACAGAGUUAUCAGUAUAAAGAACCUAUUAGCAUGUGCAGGUAUCACAAAUCCCACACAUAGCUCAGUGGAAAACAGUUAUACAGUUUAAGAUUUAAAUAAUUUAACCCAUGUUAAUGGGCCCUUUUAUUUCUGGAUUAGAAAUGUUGACAGACAUGUCUGUAAAUGACUUAUUUUCUAUUCUUUGUUAAUUUAUUUGUUAUUCUAAUGUUGCCUGAUGUAUACUGCAAAGAAAAUUAUAAAUACAUUUUAAACAA